AUGGCCCCUCAAUCACCCACAGCCAUUCUAAUCAUCCAUGGCGCCUAUUUCCUUCCAGCUGCCUAUGAAGCAUUCAGUAACCGCAUCACUGAGGCUGGUCUAACAGUCCGCUGUCCGCGUCUCCCAAGUUGCGGUGAUACCAUCCCACCAACCGCUCUCCUCAAGCAUGAUGUCAACGCCGUACAGGAAGCCGCGAAAGAGCUCAUCGCCACAAAUCACAAGAUAAUCGUCCUCGCCCACUCAUAUGGAGGAAGUGUUGCUUCAGAAGCAAUAACAUCCGAUCUAUAUUCCAUAAAUGGAAGUAGUGGGGUCGUCUCACUGAUUUACCUAGCAGCCUGGCUCCUAGUCCCGGGCCAGGGACUCGACGACGUGGUUGCGAAACACGGCAUGCAGAGCAAGGUUGAUCUGGGCACGCAUGGCGAUGGCGUGAUGUUUCCCCAAAAAUGCGGCCGAUUCAUUCUAUAA